AUGUCUGUUACACUUUCGUCAACAUCUACUCUACCCUCGUUACCCGUCGAAGAAGACGUCAUAACGCUUCAACCUCCCCAUCCAUCUUCAUCAUGCCAACUCCAUCAGAAAUCAGUAUCAAUCACCCUCACCGGCCCCAACAUCUUCACCCUCUCCGCCACUCUCCUCCUAUCAAUCCACUAUCUCGGCUCUCCGCUCACCGAGCUCCUCAUCCUCCUCGCUCCGCUCCUCGUCCUCAUCCACAAUGACUACGAAAACUUUCUCAGUCUCGGGCCCGGCGGCACCCCGUCCACCUUCUACGGCUAUCUCCAAAUAUCGUGGUGGCGUCUCUGGGCUCUACGUAACCCAUUCACACCACCUACCAAUCUCAGCGUCAGCCAUACCUCGCAGACGGGACUCUUGCGGUCGCAAAUUCUGCCCUACCGAUCUGGUCCGCGGCCCAGAGUCGCGGGCAUAGCUCCCCAGAGACAGUUGGACCAGCACGGCUCGAGACACAGCUACCAGGCAUUGCGGAGGGCCAUGGUGAAGCUUGGGAAUAGGAGUCCCUUGAAGUUUGGGACGGAGAGGUCCUGCGUGGAAAAGCAUGGGCUGGCGCUGUUUGCCAAGCAUGCGCUGCGGACGAAUUGUCAGGGCGAGAUUGUCCACGUUCAUGAUUCGGAUCACUCCAUGCACAUGUGUUUGCAUCCGGAUGAUAUUGGGGAGGUGUUGGAUAAGGGAUGGGGCCAGAUGCAUCCGCUGGCGAGAAAGGGAUGGUUUCUGCAGAUGCCUGUUGCUGCUAAUUUUGUCAUGAUUUAUGCUCCGAGAAAUGAACACGAGCUGCAAAUCGUAUAUAGGAUCAUCGAAGCCGCGAUUUGGUACACAUCCGAGGAAGACGCCUCACUCACUUAG